GCGUCCAAAGUACUAUUUUUUCACCAAGAUUCUCCAGCUUUUUUCUCCACAUUUUACAAUCAAGCUCCCAUUCUCAGAAACGUCGUCGUAUUUAGAAUGGCCGGAGGAUAAUCUGGUAGACUCAAGUGAGCGGUAGACUUCACGUUGCUUUGCAAACUGUUUCUCGAACGUCUUCUCUGACUGUCCAGAAAAUUAAUUGGUACUCAGACUGUUGAAUAAAGGUCGGAUAAUUGAAAUCAUGGCGGCAAAUAAAUUGUCAUUUUAAUUUAUUAAUGAUAGGUUACGUGUUUGGACUGAGAAUCGAAACGCGCUACAAACUCCUGAGUAUAGCCACUAGCACACCUCUAAUCAACCUACACCUGCUAACGCAUCGAUGGUGGAACUGUUUAAUAUGUGUCACCGCAUACGCGGGAAGGAUUUUGUAGUCGGACAAGAUAACUAGACUUCCCUAGCUAGUUUUUGGAUGUGCGGGGUUCAUUUGUCAUAAUUUGUGGACACAUCUUAUUCUGAACAUUAUGUAAGGGAGCGUUUCCCCCCAGUAUACACAUAUGUACCAAAAAUAGAAAAUUGUAUAAAUUUAAGUCGAAUUUAAGACAUUUAUAGCGACGUGGCCUGUGCACUGCUAUGGACAGGAAAAUCGGGACCGAAAGUGAAGAGAGCGAUCGGAGAGGGCGAGUACACGGACGAGAUGUGUCCACCAUCACAAACACAACUUUGCCACAUGCUUUAUUGAAGAAUCCUCACGAGGGACUGCGUCCGCCCUUGGCCGACUAUGCCAGCUGUUCUCUGGUGUCCGGGGACUGUCUCUACUACCACUACGGCUGUGACGGUGAAGAUGACCGAGGCUGGGGCUGCGGGUACCGCACCGUUCAGACCAUGUGCUCUUGGCUGCGUUCCGGACCUCCCCCGAGCCUCCGUGCCGUCCAGCAGCUCCUGGUCACAAUAGGAGACAAGCCCGCGUCGUUCCCGGGGUCCCGAGGGUGGAUAGGAACGUGCGAGGCCGCCAUGGUCCUGGACCAGCUUUAUGACGUUGCGUGUCGCAUUGUGCACGUGCGGAGUGGUGGGGCGGAGCUCGAGGGAGCAGCGAGGGAGCUUCACCAGCAUUUCCUCACCCACGCGAGCCCUGUCAUGAUGGGUGGAGACAGGGACAACUCCUCCAAGUGCGUCCUUGGUGUGUGCACUGGGGAACAGGGCAGCUACCUACUGAUAAUGGACCCCCACUACUACGGUCCUGCCCCGGAUAAGGAAUCUCUGCAGAGACAAGGCUGGGUGUCGUGGAAACGAGUGCAGUCUCUAGAUCAGUGCUCCUUCUAUAACCUCUGUCUUCCACAGACAAAAAAGUGAUUGUUGCGCUAAUGUUCUCCUUCUGUUGAUCUCUAACUGGCUAUGGCAUAAAUGCCCAAAGUUC